AUUACUGUUCUGGAACUGUAAUGCAUUCUCGGUUAAAAACCACCACCCCCUGCAAACUGUUCUGAGCACAAUGGGCCGACUUGGGCUCGCCGCGUAACGUGACACCGUCACAUUCAACUUCAUUUCCACUGCCUCACUGAGGUACCGUAAUGCAUGAAUGAAAGCGCCCCUCUGAUUGGCUGUUGAGCUGUGCUGUUCAGCUGUGUGUAGGAAGAACAGAGAAGAAGGGGCGGCCUCCAGGGCAUACAAAUGAUAAUAACAAACUGCAGAGCACAGAAGGGGGUGUGUGCAGGUGUAGCCCUGACAACUACCACUAGCACAGAGAGAAUAACCAAGGAGAAAAUAUACAAAAGGAUGUGGACUGGGAAAGCCUUGUGAUAAUGAAGGCCAAGAAAAUCCGAAGACAGUCUGAAAACCAAUCUCGCAAAAGUUCUGGGAGAAGAAGCAGGGACAGUGGAAUCAUCAAUGGAGAUAGAGCUGAAGCUGUAACACUUUUUGAAGUCAUUUGCAUUGGGAAAGGGGCAAUUCAGUCUGUGGUGAGUGACUGGGUUGAAGUCUAUCAAGAAGACAGAGAUGCAGCAUUACUUGACCUUCUAAAUUUUUACAUUCAGUGCUCAGGAUGUCAAGGGGUGGUUACUGCAGAAAUGUUUCAGAAUCAAGGGGACCAGGACAUAGUGCAGAGGCUUACAGAGGAGUUUGAUGAAGAAACAGGUUUACAGUUCAAGAAAUUUAUGGCUUUUCCUUGGAUUCUCACAAUUACAUGGCCAAAUAACAUGGAAAAUGGAGACUAUCCACUGUCCAAAGCAGGAACGUUCUGGAAAAAAUUCAGGGCAAAUAUCUGUGAACUAACAUCUGUACUUGUGCAGAAGUGUCAGUACAAUGCUAUUUAUGAUGGAUAUCUUCUGGACACAGUUAUCUCACUUUUGCUUGGCUUAUCAGACUCAUGCAUCAGGGCAUUCAGACAUACAAGCACUUUAUCAGCUUUGAAGCUGCACACUGCCCUAGUGAGGAUUAUUCUUAAUCUUGAAACCAGUAUACAUAAUUUACAAAGACUGUACAAUGUGGAGCAAAAGCGCUUCACUUUGAAAAAGGCUAGCUACAGAAUGGAGCAAAUUGAGAAAAAAAGGAACGAGAUUGAGCAGAAACACGUUGAAAUUACAAAUAUGAUAGAUGCUAUAUUUAAAGGGACCAUUGUGCAACGUUACAGAGAUGUGGUCCCUGAUAUAAGAGCACUGUGUAUUGAAGAACUGGGGAUAUGGAUGAAAAUGUACCCUCAAGUCUAUUUGAAUGAUAGCUGCUUGAAAUACAUUGGAUGGAUGCUGUACGAUAAGGUGCCUGAUGUUCGCAUGAAAAGUCUACUUUCUCUACAAGGGCUUUAUGAGAGGAAGGAUUUUGUUGCCAAAAUGGAUUUAUUCAAUACCAGGUUUAAGGAUCGUAUUAUAUCAAUGACGCUAGACCGAGACCAUGAUGUGUCUCUACAAGCAAUGAAACUCCUUAUGUUUAUGUCACAGAAUUGUGAAGAUCUGUUAACAAAAGAGGACUGUGAUUAUGUGUACCAGUGUGUAUACACAGCUUACAGACCCCUGGCUACAGCAGCUGGGGAAUUUCUAUAUAAAAGGCAUCUAAAUCAAAAAGAAGGAGAGGAAAGCAGAGGGACUAUACACAAUGCCCAAGCCCAACAAUUAAAGAUUCUCUUAACUUUCUUCUCUGAAAAUAAGCUGCACGAGCAUCUGACUUACCUUGUUGACAGCCUCUGGGACUGCAAUUCUAGACUUCUUAAAGACUGGCAAUGCAUGUCAUCAGUUCUGCUUCAAGCCACUCAAGACAGGGAAGAUGCUUUGAAUGCCAUUCAACAAAGGCUACUGAUUGAACUUCUCUUGGCAAGUGUGAGACAAGCAGUUGAAGUGCACCCUCCUGUGGGAAGAGGGACAGUACGAAAGUGGGUUAUCAAUAGAGGAGACAUUGCUAGACCAACAACGGCAACAGGCAGCUUCAAGAUGCUCUCAGCCAAGGAGAAGAAAGUGCAGCUGGAAGAUCAUAUAAAGAUUACUGAGCAUUUUGCUCAAACCCUCCCUUUGCUUCUAGCUAAGUAUUUAACUGACCAAAGAAAUGUGGCAAACCUUUUACAGAUCCUGCAGUAUUUUAAAUUUGAGGUUUAUUCCACUAAGGGUUUGGAUAAGGAGUUGGAGGCCUUGCUAAAUGAGUUGAAACAUGUAGCAUUGACCCACUCAGAUCCUGAGGUGCUAGAGGCUUGUUCUAAAGCUUACAUCAGCCUGGGCAAAGAGGACCUGGAGCAUCAUGUCAGUGUCGGCCUUGCUAAGAGAGAGAUGAUAGAGCAACUUGUGGACACGUUCAGCCAGAUGCUGCAUGAUCUGUUACAAGAGGAAGAAGAGCCUCUGAGUUCAGAAGGUGUGCACCAGAUGUCCUGCGUUUUACGAAAGCUGGCAGCUUUUCACAAUGCACAUGACCCCACGGAGUGGAAUCUGUAUGAGAAAACCUCACAGCUGCUGCAGUAUGAUGUAGAAAACUGCUGUUUUUCUGUUCAGCUGCUAGUGCCGGCUUUCCAGUGCAUGUAUUAUGCCCUUCUCUGGAAUGUGGUGGCUGUAAUGGAAGAUAUACUUUCCAAGGAGGACCCUGUUCUUUUUAGGGAACACGUGGCAACUUUUUGGCAGCUAUGUAAACAUUAUCUUAAUCACAUAGAUGGAUCUGUACAGGAGCAGGCAUUCAUGUCAAUGUGUGACAUACUUCUCUUGCUAAGUCAGCAUAGAAACGGAAUAUACUGCUGCAUGGAUUCUGCACUGCAGUCAGAGCUGUUUUCAUUUGUCCAGCAUCAUGUGUUUCAAAGUGAUGACGUAAAACACAAAGGUGUAAAUGGAAAAGAAAAAGACAAAACAGUGAACUCGGAAGGUUUGCACAAGAGGCGGAAUCUACUGGCUGCAUACUGUAAACUUAUAGCUAACAAUAUUGUGGAAAUGGCUGCAGCUUCAGAGAUUUACAAGCAGUAUAUGAAGACCUAUAAUGACUUUGGAGACAUAAUUAAGGAAACCUUAAGUCGGACAAGACAGACUGACAAAAUAGAGAGCACAAGAACUCUGAUCCUUUGUUUGGAACAGCUGUUCCAGAAGCACAGAGAAGCAUUUGGCAGUGCCACCCUGACCUCCCCUUCAUUCUUUAACAUAAAGGAGAUGGCCAGACGCUUUUCUCUAACCUUCGGCAUGGACCAAGCGAAAUGCAGAGAAUCUGUUGUUAUGAUACACAAACAAGGAAUUGAGUUUGUUUUCCGGGAGCCAGCCUUAGAAGAUAAUCUCCCACCACCAAAUCUUCCAUUCCUGAUCCCGAUUAGUGAAUUUUCUGGCAAACUUCUGAAAGCCGACAAGAGACUUGUGUAUGGCUAUCUGCAGAGGUUUGCUAAUGAGCGAAUGCUUCUAUGUGAAGGAACAGAAUGGAACCCACUGGUUGUCUAUAGCCACUCUCUGUUAGAUAAUGUCGAUGAGGAGAGCUCUUUCACCAGCAGCAACUAUUCCCGAGACUUGAAAACGUCAAGUCCUACAAAGAGGAAGCCAAUUGCUGUACGGAGAGUAAUUCCGGAAGAACCGAAGAUGUAUUAUCCCGUGCAGAGGAGGAAAAGACACUUGCUGCAUGGAGAAAAUGUAGAUGAUGAAAUAUCAUUGUGCAGCUCUCUUUCCCAUAGCCUUCAGCGUUCAGUGAAACGAUUGUCCAGUCAUGGAGAUGCAGAUGAAGGAAAGGAAGAUGUUGAAGUAGAUGAGGUUUUAGUAAGCAAGGAGAUUAUUCUACAUACCGAGAGCGAGAGUCAAGAUUCCACUGGAUAGAAAUUCUGGUUGAUCUCGGGCACUCAGUCCUUCUGAUAACCUCACCCUCCACAAAAAUAGCCCUGAUCUAAAUACAGAAUGUAGCCCAAUUGCAUUCCUUGUCCAUACGAGCAACAAAGUGACCUUUAGUUCAUUCCAUUGGAUUAAAAAAAAAAGAAAAUCCUUUCAUCUGGGGCAUUUCUGUAUAAGACUAAGUUAUGGAAUUCUGAUAAAAGAAUAGUUAUGGAGCAGUCUCUUCUUGGGCUGCAUUGCUCUGUUUCCUUGUAUCCAACUAAUUGUCAUGGAAACAAUAUCAGUUGAAAGACCCGACUUCAAUUCUGUUCCUUCAACACCUUUGUCUUUGCUGCACUGUCUUGUUGGCCCAGUAUUUGCAAAGUGUGAAGUCAUGAAAGCUGUAUCAGUAGAUAGACUUUGUUUGUGGGCAGCACUGCCCUAUUUGCACAACAUCUGACUGUGUCAUACAAGUUGUAUCAUUUCCAACUGUAUUUUAACAAUGUAAACUUCACCGCACCAUUUUAUAAGCUGAUGUUGACUCAAUGUCCUCUUUUUGAGGUUUACUGUGCUAUAAGACUUCAAAUGUGUAUUUUAUAUUUUAGCGCAACAAGGUUUCUUACAAAACAAAAGAAAAUAAACGCAACUUUUGGA